GUUUACAUAAUUCAAGGAUUGUGGCCUGCGCAGGCAACAUACAACCCCAUCUCGUAUCUUCUGCAAUUUAUAAACUUGAUGUCCUUGCGGUUCCUUACUGGAGAUGAAAAUGGUCUCAUCAAAUCUGUCCGAAUCCCUAUAAGUGAUCAGCCACUGCCAGACGGGAGCGCUUGUCCCGUGACGCUCUCUCAGCCUCCUGGAGAUCCUACACGGAAUAACGCUGUUGAUAAGCUUGCGCUGCGGACCGUGGGACCACAAAAGCUGCUCGCUGUUGCCAGGAAUGGUGGUGCGGCAAGUGUUAGCGAAGUAGAAGGAGACGGGUUGCGCAUCAUUCAUGAAUGGAAGGAACCAAGGAUGAAGAGCGCUGACUCGUAUAUUGGUCUUGCAAUCACUCCCUCGAAUCGCGUCUAUACAUGCACGACAUCAGGACACAUCCGCCGGACGUCACUUCCUUCUCCGUCCAGUGAGGCUUCAACAAGUAAAGCCUUGCUUCCAAUGCGUCUCUGUGACCUUCAAAUAUCCUCUGACGAGCGCUAUCUCGCGUACGGCGGAGACGAAGUGAAUCUCUCUAUUUGGGACAUCGAGAAAGCACUCUCGGGGAAAUCCCCGUCCGGGUCAGAGGCUCAAGGAAGCAACGCAAACGAGGCGCCAGCAACAAGGAAGAGAAAGAAAAACACGGAGUUGUUCAGUGCUGAAGUUUGGCGAGCUAAGAACUUACCAAAUGAUUUCCUAUCAUUGCGCCAACCUGUCCAUGUGGCCUCUCUCGCUUUCCUUGGAGACUCUUCAUCGGAAUCGUCAUCGGUCUCCCAACAUAUCAUUACUGGGGACAGAUAUGGGUCUGUGCAAAGAUACGAUACCCGUGCCAGUGGACGACCCGUGGCAAAAUGGCCGAUGUUCAAGAGUGUACGGAAAGUGCAGCGUGGAUGCUCGGAGCGCGAGAUUCUUGUAUCAGACUCCGAAUCUAACCUCUUCUCUAUCGAUAGCCGCACCGGUAAGAUUCUCAGGAACUUCAAGCAAGUGUCUGGUGCGGUUACUUGCAUUGCGACCGUCCCCUUCCCCAUUCAAGUGCCUGCGCCACAAUCUUCCCAGUCAAGCCCUGCAAUAGUGCAAAGCUACUUUUCCAGUGUUUCCCUGGACCGAUACUUACGACUACACUCAACCAAACCUGGAGGACCAAAGGACAAAAAUGUGGUAUCGCACACUGGACAAACGAGGGCAAGAGUGUUUAUGAAAAGCACUCCGACGUCUGUCGUUUGGGAUGAAGACUUGAAUUCCACGAAAGGAGGCGAUGCUCCUACAGACGACAACGUGAAUAAUGACGAUGAAGAUGACGAAGGCGAUGGCGACGGCGGUGGUGAAAGUGGGAGUGAUGGAGGCCUUUGGGAAGAUUUGGACGUUGUUGCAGAAGACGGUGAAGACUCUGAGGAUGGCGUAGGGACCCCGCCACCACGAAAGCGCCGAUUAUGAAAAGCUACACAGCUACGGCUAGGAGACCCGAAGCAGAUUCUAGUACAUUGGUGAUGGCUACUGUUCUGUCGUACAAUCUUUGUGGCUGUUUGGCCUAGCAGGCGCAAGUGAAGUAUUUUUGACGCCUUAGUUUACAUUGCAUAGCCAUCCCGAGUCAUGGCGGGUGUGCGUGAAAGGGAUUUGUUCAUGGUAUUCUACAUUGUGUUGACGCAUUGUCCUUGACUCAACCGCGCCCUGUAUUGAGCAUUCUUUGUAGAACGCUAUGCGCUUCUUAUUUUUCGACAGCAUCGAUCGUACAUAUCCGAUUAACAUUGUGAUCUUUCUACAUAGAACAAGGCACUUCAGUG